AUGCUAAAAAUUCUAGUCCCAACACUUAUGCUAUUCCCAACAAUUUGGUUAUCAUCACCUAAAUGAUUAUGACCCACAGCAACUGCUCAAAGCCUAUUAAUUGCGUUUAUUAGCCUUACCUGAUUGAAAUGAACGUCAGAAACCGGAUGAUCAACCUCUAACAUAUAUUUAGCUACAGAUCCACUAUCCACCCCCCUCUUAGUCCUCACAUGCUGACUUCUUCCAUUAAUGAUUUUAGCCAGCCAAAAUCACAUUUACCCAGAACCAAUCGCUCGACAACGCCUAUAUAUUACACUCUUAGCCUCCCUACAAACUUUCCUAAUUAUAGCAUUUGGGGCUACGGAGAUUAUUAUAUUUUAUAUUAUAUUUGAAGCCACCCUCAUCCCCACGCUUAUUAUUAUUACCCGGUGGGGAAACCAGACUGAACGUUUAAACGCCGGAACCUAUUUUUUAUUCUACACCCUAGCAGGUUCAUUACCGCUUCUGGUUGCCCUACUUUUACUUCAACAGACAACAGGGACACUGUCCAUAUUCAUUUUACAAUAUUCCCAACCACUUACACUUAAUUCCUGAGGUCACAGCAUCUGAUGGGCCGGAUGCCUAAUUGCAUUUUUAGUAAAAAUGCCCCUUUACGGCGUCCACCUUUGAUUACCCAAAGCUCAUGUUGAAGCCCCAGUGGCGGGCUCCAUAGUUUUGGCAGCAGUUCUACUUAAAUUAGGAGGUUACGGUAUAAUACGAAUAAUAGUUAUGUUAGACCCACUUUCAAAAGAACUCGCCUACCCCUUCAUUAUUUUGGCCUUAUGAGGCAUUUUAAUAACUGGCUCAAUUUGCCUACGACAAACAGAUCUCAAAUCACUCAUUGCCUAUUCAUCUGUAAGCCACAUGGGCUUAGUAGCAGGAGGUAUCCUCAUCCAAACUUCUUGAGGAUUUACGGGCGCAAUCAUUUUAAUGAUUGCCCACGGCUUGGUGUCUUCCGCACUAUUUUGUCUGGCUAAUACUGCGUAUGAGCGGACUCAUAGCCGAACUAUAGUACUAGCUCGAGGUCUCCAAAUAAUCUUCCCAUUAACUGCGGUCUGGUGAUUUGUUGCCAACUUAGCAAAUCUAGCAUUACCGCCUUUACCAAAUCUCAUAGGGGAAAUCAUAAUUAUUACCACUCUAUUCAACUGAUCUCCCUGAACUAUUAUACUAACAGGUUUAGGAACGCUAAUUACAGCGGCUUACUCUUUGUACUUAUUCUUAAUAACUCAACGAGGCCCAGCACCAAAUCAUAUUAAAGGACUUUCACCAUUCCACACUCGAGAACAUUUACUAAUAGUACUUCACCUUCUACCCGUCAUCCUACUGGUAACAAAACCUGAGCUCAUGUGGGGUUGAUGCCACUA